GAAACUUCAUCAGUCGUUGAGAAUCAAUUCCCCGCAUAGGAGCCUUUCUAUAUUCUUGAAAAAAAAAUCACGCUGCAAACAAGUGGUAACAGCCAAAUUCGAGAGCGCACUGCAGCAUAACCAAUUUGUAAUUGGUCGAACACGUAGGGUGAAGUUCUUCAGAUUCAUUCCAUACAUUACAAAUCAAUUGUCUAUACAGCAUGGGUGAAGAAAACGUGGUGUUGGUUAUUGGUGGCGGAGGCAGAGAGCACGCUAUAUGCUGGAAGCUGGCUCAAUCUCCCAAGGUGAGGCAUGUUUAUGUAUCUCCUGGUAAUGUUGGAAUUGCUGAAGUCGACAAAGUUUCCCUGGUGAAAUUCAAUGACCUCAAGAACAACAAGGAAGUGGCUGAAUGGAGCAAAAAAGAAGGAGUCAAUCUCGUGGUGGUCGGACCCGAGGAUUACUUGGCAAACGGAAUCGCGGACGAGCUCUCCCGGGUAGGAAUUUUGUGCUUUGGGCCUGGUAGAUCUGGAGCGAAGAUCGAGGCUGACAAAGACUGGGCAAAAUCUUUCAUGGAUCGGCACGGAAUUCCCACGGCAAAGUGGAGAGCAUUCACGGAUGCAAGCGAGGCGAAAAAAUUUGUAAGAAAUUCGAAGGAGUUUCGCGUGGUAAAGGCAGCAGGUCUAGCAGCAGGCAAAGGUGUCGUCGUGGCCAAGGACGCUGACGAAGCCUGUCGAGCGAUCGACGAAAUUCUGAUGGAUCGAAAAUUUGGGACUGCCGGAGACAAUCUCGUCGUCGAAGAGCUCCUCGAGGGCGAGGAAGUUUCCGUCCUUUAUUUUACGGAUGGCAGAACCGUGGCGACAAUGCCACCGACGCAGGACCACAAAAGAGCGUUGAACAACGAUCUCGGGCCAAACACCGGAGGAAUGGGGGCAUACGGACCGUGUCGUUUGCUCGAUAGCAACGAUUACGAGACAAUCGUGAAGCGGCAGGUGGUCGAAAGAAGCAUCGAAGGUCUCAAAGCCGAUGGUAUCUCGUACGCAGGAGUCUUGUACGCCGGAUUGAUGCUCACGAAGGACGGUCCGAAAGUACUGGAGUUCAACUGUCGUUUCGGAGACCCCGAGACUCAAGUCAUUCUCCCGCUUCUCGAGUCUGAUCUCUUCGAAGUAAUGGUCGCUUGUUGUCGAGGCAAUCUAUCGGAAGUGCCGCUGAAAUGGCGCGAUGAAGUAUUCGCCGCGGGUGUGAUUCUCGCCUCCGCUGGCUAUCCGGAGUCCUCGUCCAAGGGGCAAGUCAUCCGGGGAGUGGAGCGAGUCACGGAGCUGGAAAAUCAUAUUGUUUUUCACAGCGGUACCGCUCGGGACGAGAAGCAAGGAGAACUGGUGACAAACGGCGGCAGAGUCCUGAUGACUGUUUGUCUGGCACCUGCCUUGGAAUUGGCCGCAGCGCGAGCGACGUUGGCAGCUCGGGAAAUCGUUUUCGAGGGCAAACAAUUCCGGACGGACAUUGCUCAUAAGGGGAUCGCGAGAUCUAUUUUGUGCACGGGGCAAACUUCGUACAAGAGCAGCGGAGUCGACAUCGAAGCUGGGGAUUCACUGGUGUCGAGGAUCAAGCCCAUGGUUGCGUCAACCAGUCGCUCCGGGCUCCUCGGCGGCAUCGGAGGCUUCGGUGGACUCUUCGACGUCGCUGCUGCUGGGUACAAGAAUCCGGUCCUCGUCUCUGGUACUGACGGCGUCGGCACCAAACUCAAGAUCGCCAUCGAGUGCGGGAUUCACGACACUGUUGGCAUCGACCUCGUCGCUAUGUGCGUCAACGACGUUCUCGCUCACGGUGCCGAGCCGCUCUUUUUCCUUGACUACUUCGCCUGCGGACGUCUGGACGUUGACGUUGCCGAGCGAGUCGUUUCUGGCGUUGUCCAAGGCUGCAAACAAGCAGGCUGCACUCUGAUCGGGGGUGAAACUGCGGAGAUGCCCGACAUGUACGCCGACGGGGAAUACGACCUGGCGGGUUUCACGGUCGGUGCCGUCGAACGCGGUAACCUCCUGCCGCGCAGAGACGAAAUAAUUCCCGGUGACGUCGUCAUCGGUCUUCCUUCGUCAGGAGUUCAUAGCAACGGGUUUAGCCUCGUUCGCAGAGUCCUGAAACUCACCGGAAAAACCUUCAACGACCCGGCGCCCUUUUGCGACGGAAAAACAAUCGGCGAAGCCUUGCUUGCACCAACCAAGAUUUAUACUCAAGGAGUUUUACCGGCUAUGAAAUCAAACCUGGUCAAGGCGUUCGCACACGUUACGGGCGGCGGCCUCACGGAAAAUAUUCCACGGGUUUUGCCCGACCACACGCGAGCCGUGAUCGAUGCCACUGCCUGGGAUAUCCUACCGGUUUUCGGAUGGCUCGCUACUGCGGGAGGAAUCGCCGAGCCGGAAAUGCUGAGAACAUUCAAUUGCGGAAUUGGUGCGAUACUCGUGUGUUCACCCGAAAACGCGAAGCAAGUUUUGACGCUUACUGCGAUAGAGAAGCCCCUCGUAAUCGGUCGAAUUGAAUCGCACGAAGCGGUUCGCGGGCACUCGAGGGUCACCGUACAGAACUUCGCCUCGGCUAUCGAGACGAAAAUGCGAGCUUACGUUCCGUCGUUGGUCGAAUCUUUGUCCUCCAGGCCGAAAAAAGUGGGUGUUCUUAUUUCUGGAAGCGGGACCAAUCUCCAGGCCCUCAUCGAUGCCACUCGUGGAUCGAGUCGGCGUUCCAACGCUGUACAAAUAACUUUGGUCGUUUCUAACAAGGAAAAUGUUGAAGGACUUGCGAGGGCGAAGCGCGCGGGCAUUCCAAGCGUCGUGAUAAAGCACACGAGCUACCCGAGUCGGGAGGCUUUCGACGACGCGGUCACCGAGCAGCUCGAAAAAUCGGGUGUCGAAAUCGUCUGUCUUGCGGGCUUCAUGAGGAUACUGUCCGAAAAAUUCGUCAAGAGAUGGAAAGGGGCGCUGCUUAACGUCCAUCCGUCCCUUUUGCCUUCCUUCAAGGGAGCUCACGCUCACGAGGAUGUUCUUCGAGCGGGUGUUCGAGUCAGUGGCUGUACCGUCCACUUCGUCGAGGUGGAAAUCGAUUCCGGAGCUAUCAUCGAACAGGAGGCGGUUCCGGUGUUGCCUGGUGAUACCGUAGAAACUCUCCAGGAGAGAGUCAAACAGGCUGAACACCGAGCUUUCCCCAGAGCUCUGGAGCUCUUGGCAACCGGUCAAGUCAAGCUGGCACAGGAUGGAUCUCUCCAGUGGCAAACUCCUCGUUGAUUAAGUACUUUCAUAUUCGCACACUUGUUAGAACUGUAAAUACUUGUUAAUGAACAAUCAUUUUCUUUUAUACUCGUUGAAAUUGUAAAUAAAAUAAUAUUUUCCCAUAAA